CUUGAACCUUGAAUCUUCCACGUUUUUGGGUUCAUAUUCAUAUCCUAAAAUGACAUGGUAAAAAAAUGGACGGAUGGCAUGGAUAAAACACAUACAUCACGGUGGGCUCCACAAUCCCUGCUACUGGCAGUUGCAGUACGGAAUCCGGGUCAAAGAUGUGAGGUGAUGAGAAAUGUCCACUGGCAGCAAGGAUUAAAAUCAGUGUAUCCGGGAAUCGUAAGGCCUAUAGCCGCAUCAUUGAAGAUGGAUGAUGAUAUACAUGAAAUAGAAAUAGAAGAGGGAGCGAACACAUCGACCAACGCCUCCCCGAGACCCAGUUGCCUAAACCCAGAUAGGCAAGCACUAGCCGAUUCCAUCAUGGAAUCGGUCAAAGCAUCCGUUUCCAAGCUCAGACGUGGAGAUCCACCCACCAUCUACAUAGUCCCACAAAUAAUCCGGCGAGUAAAAGAGGUUGCUUAUGAGCCUCGGAUGGUGUCGAUCGGCCCAUUCCAUAACGGCAAGGAGAGGCUACAAGGCAUGGAAGAGAACAAAUUAUUGUAUCUACAUUCGUUCCUCUCCCGCAAUCCCGACCAUCGGUUGGAGGUCUACCUGGAGGCGAUUGAGGAAUUGAAGGAUAAAGCGCAAAGUUGCUACUCCGAGAAAGUGGGCCCACUUAUGGGCAACGAGUUUGUGAAAAUGAUGGUGCUCGAUGCUUGCUUCAUUGUCGAGUUCUUUCUCAGGUUCCAUCCGAUCGAGUAUAAACAGAGGUUGCUCAGGCAACAAUCGGAAGAGCUCAAGCAAAACGAGGAGGAUCUCAGUCUUAUUUCUGCAAUGGAGAAGUUCUUUUUCCAUUCAAAUGGCUUCGAAGACCCGAUACGUUAUGCGAUUGGGAUGGUGAACCUUAUACGGUAUGAUAUGCUACUCCUUGAAAAUCAAAUUCCUUUCUUCGUUCUGCAGCAUAUUUUCAAAAUGGCUUGUCCAGCGAACGUAACACAUUUACUUGAGAAGAUGGCCCUUUAUUUCUUCGAUCCAUUCAUGCCUACGAAUAAGGAAAUCGAUAUCAAAGAUAAUUCCUACUAUCAUCUGCUCCAUUUGUUCGACUCGCAUUUGUUACUAACCCCAACUAAUAGAGCCCAACCAUUCGUGCAUUCCUAAAAUCAAGCUCAAGCCCAACUUUUCGUGCAUUCCUAAAAUCAAAUCCGAGCCCAACCUUUCGUGCAUUCCUAAAUUCAAGCUCAAGCCCAACCUUUCGUGCAUUCCUAAAAUCAAACCCGUCCUCAACAAGUUGAAGAAUCUGCUCCCAUGUUCAAAUAAGGCACCGUUGC